ACGUCAUCCUUAACCUUGUCCAUCCUAUUUCUAUUUAUAUUGAAAAAUCAAUUUUGAACAAAUUAAAAUUUUAAAUUUCGUAUAAAGUUAAUAUUUCUAUUUCAAUUUUUUGUUUUAAAUCUUUUUUUUCGCGUUUGGAAAACUAGCGGGAUUAGUUUAUUGAACGUGCUGCACUCUCGGGCACAGCUGAUAGGGACUGGUUCUCUUUUUUAUUUUCAUCACCUUUUCUUAUUUCUUAAUAUUAUUCGACCACUUUGCAGUCCUGGACUUCUUUGGAUUUCGGAUCGGCUUUUAAACGUAAAUCCUUUCUGUCCAUGGGAUUUUAAACAAGGUUUUAGCAAACAAGAGUUGAAAUGCUGCGAGUACCGCUUGCUAGGGCAGUGCCGACUGCUUCGAAGACUGUGCUCGGUGUAGGGACGCGCUGCACCGCCACGAAGGCUCCGGAGAAGUUUGAGGUCUUCGUCGAUGACAAGAAGGUCAUGGUCGAACCCGGAACGACUGUACUGCAGGCUGCGGCUAUGGUGGGCGUGGAAAUACCGAGGUUCUGCUAUCACGAACGUCUGGCCAUCGCCGGAAACUGCAGGAUGUGUUUGGUAGAAGUCGAAAAGUCUCCAAAGCCGGUUGCGGCUUGUGCAAUGCCUGUUAUGAAAGGGUGGAGAAUCAAAACUAAUUCUGAUAUGACGAGAAAGGCGAGGGAAGGUGUUAUGGAAUUCCUCCUCGUCAACCACCCGUUGGACUGUCCGAUCUGCGAUCAGGGUGGUGAGUGUGAUCUUCAAGACCAAAGCAUGGCCUUCGGUUCAGACAGAUCUCGCUUUACUGACAUUGAAUUCACUGGGAAAAGGGCUGUUGAGGACAAAGAUAUUGGGCCACUCAUUAAAACUAUAAUGACAAGAUGCAUCCACUGCACAAGGUGUAUUCGUUUUGCAUCAGAAAUUUGCGGUAUCGACGAUCUUGGUACAACCGGAAGGGGUUCCGACAUGCAGGUUGGAACUUACGUAGAAAAGUUUUUCUUAUCAGAACUCUCUGGAAAUGUGAUCGAUCUGUGUCCAGUUGGUGCGUUGACUUCAAAGCCGUAUGCGUUCACAGCCAGGCCUUGGGAAACAAGAAAGACAGAGUCGGUCGACGUACUCGAUGCCGUUGGCUCGAAUAUCAUUAUCAGCACGAGGACGGGCGAGGUCAUGAGAGUCUUGCCUCGUGUCAAUGAGGAUAUCAACGAGGAGUGGAUUUCCGACAAGGCUAGGUUCUCUUACGACGGCUUGAAAAGGCAGAGAUUAGUAACACCGAUGAUUAAAGGGCCGCAAGGUGACCUCCUACCUGUCGAAUGGGAAGAUGCCCUCGUCGCAACUGCCAAGGCAUUGAAAAAUGGUGGUGAAAAAGUGGCAGCAGUUGCUGGAGGGUUGUGUGAUGCUGAAUCGCUUGUCGCAUUGAAAGAUUUGGUGAAUAAGCUAGGAAGUGAAGUCGUGUGCACUGAAUACACUUUUCCAGAUGAGGGCUCUGGCACAGACCUCAGGUCCAGUUACCUGUUAAACAACAAAAUCGCCAGAGUUGAAGAGGCCGACCUUGUCCUCUUGGUCGGCACGAACCCAAGGUUUGAAGCACCGCUUUUCAACGCGAGAAUCAGAAAGGGUUGGGUACAUAACGAGCUCGAAGUUGCUCUUAUCGGCCCCAAAGUCAACCUUACUUACGAUUAUAAGCACUUGGGUGAUGCUCCUACAAUUAUAAACGAACUUGUCGAAGGGACUCACCCUUAUAGUCAGAAGCUACUCCAGGCCAAGAAGCCUAUGAUCGUCCUUGGGGCGCAACAGCUGGCAAGAGAAGACGGAGGUGCUCUCCUCGGCCAGACCCAACAGCUGGCAAAACGUUUGUCUUCACAAGCGGAAGGACAGGAACAGUGGAAAGUGUUGAACAUUCUUCAAAACGUAGCCUCGCAGGUGGCCGCACUGGACCUCGGCUAUAAAGCCGGGGUGGCUGCUGUCAGGGAAAACCCGCCCAAGGUGUUAUUCUUGCUCGGUGCGGAUGAGGGAACCAUCAGCCGUUCUGAUUUACCGCCAGAUACCGUUGUAAUAUACCAAGGCCACCACGGCGAUGUCGGUGCCGCAAUGGCGGAUAUCGUUUUACCAGGUGCGGCAUACACGGAAAAGCAGGCGUCCUAUGUCAACACAGAAGGCAGGGCACAGCAGACUCUCGUCGCCGUCACACCGCCUGGCAUGGCGCGGGAGGACUGGAAAAUCUUAAGGGCCCUCUCAGAAGUCCUAGGAAAAAGGUUGCCCUAUGACAACUUGAAUGAAGUCCGGGCUAGGCUGGAUGAAGUGUCGCCUAAUUUAACAAGAUAUGGUGAUGCUCAGGAGGCAAAUUUUUUUGCACAGGCUGCUGAACUCUCUCAGUCGGUAAAGAAGCAAAUGGCCAACACGCCUUUGGACGUCAGGCAGAAAGAACUCGAGGACUUUUUCAUGACCGAUCCGAUCAGCAGGGCUUCAUCGAUCAUGGCUAAGUGCAUUCAAGCCGCUAGAAAACAAAAGGAAUCUAAGUACUUCGAUAAAGAUAAAGCUUAAAAAAAAAUUAUUAACAAUUUAAGAAAAUUACUUUAUUUUCCUCCAAUCAGUAAUACAUAAUCUAAUAUUGCAGUUUAUUCAUAAAUAAUUUAUUUUAGCAUAAACUGUGUAGCAGAUUCAUUAGAAACAUGAAGAUUUUUACUGUGUUAUCCAUUUUAGAUGUUAAAUUCAGUUGUACAGAUGUAAAGUAUUUAAGUGCACUAAAUAAACUCUGAUAAUAGUU